UCGCCAUGUCGCUAAAAUUAAAUUUAAAAAGAAAGUGCGUGUUUACCGAUAAUUUGAAAACCAAAUAUCCUUUUCUUCGGAAAGUACAAGGAAACGAAUCGGACGUUUACUGUAGUUUUUGCAGUUCCAAGUUUUCCAUUGGACAUGGAGGUAAUGCAGACGUAAUCCAUCAUGUUGCAACGGCUAAACACAAAAGUGCCGUCACUUUAACAACUGCUAAUGUUUCCAUUACCAAAUUCUGUAAGUCCAGCAGAUUAGAUGAUUCGAACAAAAAAUUGGCAGCGGCUGAAGGGACAUGGGCAUAUCAUCUCUUGCAACAUAAUCACAGUUUUCGUAGUGGAGAUUGUACGUCAAAGCUGAUUAAGUCAAUGUUCGAGCCUAAGUAUUCAUCUGCUAGAACCAAAAGUGAAGCCAUAAUAUGUGCAGUUUUUGAACCGAUGGCCAUGGAAACUGUUCAAAAUAACUUAAAUGCAGUGAACUUUGUUACUGUGUGUUGUGACGCAUCCAAUCACAAGCACAUAAAGUUGAUGCCAAUAUUGGUUCGGUAUUUUUUGCCUAUGGAAGGUAUUCAACUUAAAUUGCUUGAUUUAAAGGAUUUACCUGGUGAGACAUCUGCAAUAAUCUAUAACCCAGUUGCCGAAAAGGUCUCCACCUUACCUCCAAUAAAGCCUUCCGGUCAGACAUGUUACGUGUUUAAAAAAUUGGCGGGACCAAAAGGUUAUUGGCGAUGUGACCAGUACAGAUGGAUAAACUGUGGGCGAAAGAAGUUAUUAACUACACCUGCUAUGUACAAAACCUAUUUUCGCGCGAUGACAGUUGAGUUUCAAAAAUGUGACUACGAAUUCGUCAAUGAUGAAGCCGAAUAUGUGUUUGUUAGCUACGAAGGAGAUCAUGGUAUCGCGAAAGAGUUGCAACAUGGAAAUACGAUACAUAAUCGGAAGCCAUUCAUCCGUAACGCUGCAGUUGUUAAGCCUAAGGUGCUGAUUAAUGAAAGUCAAAACUGGAACCAAAAACAUUGUAUGAACAGGAAACAGUUCCUAAGCUCAGAAUGGUUUCGUUGGAAGAAACACACUCACAACGGGUGA